GUAGCUUUGCUUUUCGCGCCUUAAUUAUGCCUAACCUGUCUUAAAUAUACACAUCUUUCCAACUUCUUUUUUUAAGUAAAAGAUAAAACUUCUUUGGAAUCUAAAAACUGUUUAAUCUCUUUUUUUAUUACAUUGUGAGAUCUAUAAGAUUAAGAUUAUUGAGUAAUGGAGGAAGUAACUAAAUGCAGGUACAUCGAUUGUGUCGACACACGGGAAAAGGAGCAAAUACUUCAUGAACUUCCCGUUUGUGAUACCGGUCUCUGUGUGAGGUGGUUGAUCAACAGUGGUCACGUGGAUCUAAUUGGAAGUGAUCUGGAUGCUUUACGGUCUAUGAAAUUUUUCGUUUGCAAUAAUCACUUUACGGAAGAUUGCUAUCUGAGUAAAGGUACUCUAAAAGAAAAUGCAGUCCCUUCUCCACAUUGGAGUGCUGUUUCAAGAAAAUUGAGGAAUUUGAAAAUACGACGGAAAAUUCAUUUAAACGGUCAAGAAGGUUCUAUGGAGGAAGUAGCAACAGAUCAAGUUACAGAGAAAAAUGUUCCAUCUGAAUUUGAAGUGGAUCAGUGGUGUAGAACAUGUGCGACCAAGAAACAAAAUCUUGUAAGUAUGAUGACCAAGGGAAAAGGCACAGAUAUGAGCCUUCUAUCAAAAUUGAAACUUUUAAUAGAAAUUGAUGAUGAAGAUGCUUUACCAACAAAGAUGUGCGAUGAAUGUGUUGACAAGUUGGAACAGUCUUUUAAGUUUUUUCAACAGAUUUAUGUAGCAGACAAUACAUUGCGUCAUGUGUUUCCAAAUUCACGAUCCAGCAAUGCACCUAGAAAACCUCUUUAUUCGAUUGGUGAACAUAUGAGAAAUGAACAGAAGGAAAAAGAAAAAGAGAAAGAAAAAGAAAGAGAAAAAGAAGAAGAACAACAGCAACAGAUUCAAGAUCAUGCUCCAAAAGUUACUCGUGGUAUUUUUAGACGAGGUCGAGGUAGACCACGUACUAGAGGAUUUCCUACAAGAUCCAGAGGAAGACCAAGAACUGUUCACUUACCGCUUCCAGUUCCAAGUUCUAAUCUAAACAAUAAUACCGUAAAUGAAACCAGAGUAAAUGAAACAAUUAAACAAUUAAAAAAUGAAUCUCAAAGUGUGACUCAUGAUGAAGAAAGACAAGGUAAUACAGUAUUUUCAUUACUUACUGAUACAUGCCAUAGUGAUGAAGAACUAGAUUGGUCAGAUGUAUUAAAAGUGAUGAGUGAUCAAAGGUAUCAAGUUGUUUCCAGACAAGAAACAGAAUCAAAAUUAGAAGAAAAUAUACAAAAGGAAAAAACAGAGGAACAAGAAAUUCAACCAGAAAUAAUGUUACAAGUAGAAGUGGCAUCAGAGACAAUAAAAGAAGAAAGAAACACAGAAGCAGAAAUUGAAGUUAAGGUAAAAGUAGAGGAAGAGAUAGAGGUGCAACCUAAUGUGACAAAAUUAAUUAUAGAGAAAGAAGUUCAACGAAUACGUUGUGAAUUUUGCGACGAAUCAUUUAAACUUAGACGUCAACUGCAAACACAUUUAUUAACCGAUCAUUCUCAAUUAUCCGAACAUAUGUGUAUAGAUUGUCUAACUUGUUAUGAAAGUGAAUCGUUAUUAACAAAACAUCGUAGUUUACGUCACGGAGAUCGAAAAUAUCAUUGCGAAUAUUGCCACGAAGUAUUUCUCGAAAAAAAGAUUUUAAGGGAACACAUUAAGAAAUGUCAGCCACACGAUAUAUUGCAUUAUUCCUGCGACUCGUGUGGAGUAACAUUUAUCUCUAAAGAAGAGUUAAUUGAACAUAUGGAAAAUCAUCCAGAAAGUUCGAUUGUAUCAUCGCACAUGAAUCUUGAUAAUUUGCAAAGUACCGAUAAUACAUUAGUAUCAUCUUCAAAGCCCGUAAUAAAACUCGAAUCAGAAUCUGAAUAUUGUUCUAUUUCAACUUCAAAAAAUACAAAUGAAAUUUUAGAAUCGAAUACAGGUGAAAAGAGCAGCACAAUUAAUUCAAGUGAUACAUGUGAAAUUAAUAUAGUCGAGGAAACCCAAGGACUGAUCGAUGAAGAGUCGAUAGUGAUGUGUCCGGAUUGCAACGAGCAAAUGAAUAACACAGUGGAACUUAGUAUCCAUCGAAUGCGUCGUCAUUCGAUGAAUAGAAAGGAUGCUACGUGUCUUCUUUGCGACAACAAAUCGUUUUCUUCAUUAGACGAAUAUGAACAACAUGUACUCGAUCAUUGCAAACGAUUAAGAAUAUCACCAUGAUAAGAUGAAUUUUUCUUUAUUACAUAAUAUCGCGUCAGUGAUAGAUUUAAUCUAUUAUAUUGAUUCAUUAUCAGUUAAAAAAAAAAAAA